AUGCUGCAGCCCUCUGAUCCCACCACAACCAUCAACCACAAACUAUACGCAAGAUACACCAAUAUCAACCCCACCCAUACUGACACAAAUCUCCAUACAACAUAUAGAACUAAUAAAUCCAGCACAACUAUGCAACAAUCCUGA